CGGUCCCCGCCCCUGCAGGCGUGGCUCGGAGCGCGCAGGACCUGCUGCCGCCGGGGGCUCGGCUCUGCGUUCAUGGCUUCGCCUAGCAAGGCAGUGAUCGUCCCCGGGAACGGAGGCGGGGAUGUGGCCACCCACGGCUGGUAUGGCUGGGUGAAGAAGAAGCUGGAGCAGAUACCUGGUUUCCAGUGUUUGGCUAAAAACAUGCCUGACCCAAUUACAGCUCGAGAGAGCAUCUGGCUACCCUUCAUGGAGACGGAACUGCAUUGUGAUGAGAAGACCGUCAUCAUCGGCCACAGCUCUGGGGCCAUUGCGGCCAUGAGGUAUGCAGAAACACAUCGGGUAUAUGCUAUUGUGUUAGUGUCUGCAUACACAUCAGACUUGGGGGAUGAAAAUGAGCGUGCAAGUGGAUACUUCAACCGCCCCUGGCAGUGGGAGAAGAUCAAGGCUAACUGCCCUCAGAUUGUGCAGUUUGGCUCCACUGAUGACCCUUUCCUUCCUUGGAAGGAACAGCAAGAAGUGGCUGAUAGGUUGGAAGCCAAAUUGUACAAAUUCACUGACCGUGGUCACUUUCAGAACACAGAGUUUCAUGAACUAAUUAAUGUGGUAAAGUCUUUGCUCAAAGUACCAGCGUAGGAUGAUUGCUAUUUUGUAUCCCAAUAUAGGGAUAAAGUAACAAUAUCCAUUAUCAGAUGAUUACUAGAUACAUAAAACAUCUAGUUAAGUUCCAAAAGUGCCUGAAAAACAAACACAAGUUUUAACAUUCAAUCUAAAUUACAAAUAGCAUUUCCAUUUUCCACAGAAUCUAAAUCUCCCCAAAUUGCUAUGAACUACAGCAGUAUUUUCCCCAUUUGCUAAGGGAUAUAAGCUUUACCACCCUUCUCUAUCUGAAGUGAAUUAAGUUGGAAACAGAACCCAGGUUUCCUGAUUCCUAUUCCAGAAUAAAACUAAAUAGGCUUCA